CCGUGGGAAGCGCGCUCCUAACGCCACCUGGGCGUCGCAGGGAGCGCUCGGCGCGGAGCGGGUGUGGGGUCGCCGGCAAGCGGGCAGGUGGAAGGUGCUAAUUUUUGUAUGGAAAUAAUUGUGCAGAAGAAUUGCUCAUUUAAGUGAUCUUUAUGGUUAUGGCAAAAUCUUUCAUCAGCCGAUGGUGUAAUGGACUACCAGUUGGAUGAUAUACAGUCGUCUGAAACAUGUUAUAUACUUCUCCUCUUCCGUGCCCAUGCCUACAUGCUGAUACACUGCAAGUUUUGUUUCCUAAAGAGGAGUUCACAGAAUUACAGUGUCUGAUCCAACUAUCUGCUCUGAUGAUCCUCACUGGACCAUGUAGACUAUGUCAGAGAGGCACAAUGAUCAUGCAAAACAACAGUUCAUCCUUGCCCCUUUUUCCGAAUGUGAGCUCCUUCUGGAAGAGAGAUCCGCAUGGACCGGGCCUCCCUGAUGAAGCAGCAUCACUCAUUGGCAGCUAUGAUUUCCCUCAGACCACAGAGAGUUUCCCUUUCUCCACUGUGGAAUCAGCAAACAUGACCCUAAAUGCCACAAGCAAAGACCCUCUGGGUGGACACACUGUCUGGCAAGUAGUUUUGAUUGCUUUCCUCACUGGGAUCCUUGCACUGGUGACCAUCAUAGGAAACAUCUUAGUGAUUGUUGCAUUUAAGGUUAACAAACAACUGAAAACAGUCAACAACUACUUCUUGUUGAGCCUUGCUUGUGCAGAUUUGAUCAUCGGUGUUCUCUCCAUGAAUCUUUAUACCACAUACAUCAUCAUGGACCACUGGGCUUUGGGAAGUUUGGCCUGUGAUCUUUGGCUCUCCAUUGACUAUGUUGCCAGUAAUGCCUCUGUCAUGAAUCUCCUUGUGAUAAGUUUUGACAGGUAUUUUUCCAUCACUAGGCCACUAACAUACAGAGCCAAACGAACAACCAAAAGGGCUGGGGUAAUGAUUGGUUUAGCAUGGAUCGUCUCUUUUGUUCUUUGGGCCCCUGCCAUCUUGUUUUGGCAGUAUUUCGUUGGGGAGAGGACUGUGCCUCCUGAUGAAUGUUUCAUCCAGUUUCUAACUGAACCUAUCAUCACUUUCGGCACUGCCAUAGCUGCCUUUUAUUUGCCGGUCACCAUUAUGAGUAUUUUGUACUGGAGGAUCUACAAGGAGACGGAGAAACGCACCAAAGAGUUGGCAGGGCUACAGGCUUCGGGCAGCGAGGCAGAGGCAGCACGCUUUGUGCACCAGACAGGCAGCUCCCGGAGCUGCAGCAGCUACGAGCUGCAGCGGCAGAACAUGAAACGCUCCGCCCGAAAGAAGUACGGACGCUGCCACUUCUGGCUCACAAUGAAGAGCUGGGAACCCAGCACGGAUCAGGGGGACCAAGAGCAUAGCAGCAGUGACAGCUGGAACAACAACGAUGCUGCUGCCUCCCUAGAAAAUUCGGCCUCCUCUGACGAAGAAGACAUUGCUGCAGAGACCAGAGCCAUCUAUUCAAUCGUGCUGAAGCUUCCUGGUCACAGUGCUAUCCUCAAUUCCACAAAACUACCCUCCUCAGAAGAUUUGCAUGAGUCAGGGGAUGAACUGCAGAAAUCCGACACAGAAUCGAAGGAAAAGAAACCUAAAAAAUUGCACCCUCCCAAAAGCGUUCAGGAUGGUGGAAAUUUCCAAAAGAGCUUUACUAAGCUUCCAAUUGAACCAGAGUCAGAAGAGACAACCACAGCUUCUGAUGGCAUCUCAUCAGUGACCAAGACAUCGACAGCCCUGCCCUUGUCCUUUAAGGAAGCAACCCUGGCAAAAAAGUUUGCCUUGAAGACCAGAAGUCAGAUCACAAAACGAAAACGAAUGUCACUUAUCAAAGAAAAGAAAGCGGCACAGACACUCAGUGCCAUUUUGUUUGCCUUCAUCAUUACCUGGACCCCAUAUAACAUCAUGGUUCUGGUGAACACCUUUUGCAGCUGUAUCCCCAAAACUUUCUGGCACCUGGGGUAUUGGCUUUGCUACAUCAAUAGCACAGUGAACCCCAUGUGCUAUGCACUGUGUAACAAAACAUUCAGAAACACUUUCAAGAUGCUGCUGCUGUGCCAGUGUGACAAACGAAAACGACGCAAACAGCAGUAUCAGCAAAGGCAGUCUGUCAUUUUUCAUAAGCGGAUCCCUAGGGAGGCUUCAUAAAAUAGUAUUUUUUAAACAAAUAAAAAAAAUAAUGAAGUAGGGAUGGGAUGGGACAGGGUGGGAUGGAAUAGGAUAGGAUAAGACAGAACAGGAUGGUACGGGAUAGGGCAGGAUGGGCAGGAUAGUAAGGGAUGGGAUGGGUUGGGGUGGGAAGGUGGUUCCAGGGUGCUGAUUCUAUGAUUUAAAUAUCAAGACAUGAAAGCAGCUGCCAGGCUUAUUUAUCCUUUCAAUAAAUCCAGUUUAAUAUAAAGGUCAAUCUGCAUUCAGCAAAAACUAAGAAAAUUCAACAUUUUUACUAAGGAGUGAAAGAUUUAACGAAGUUUUCCUACGAAUUGGUGAGAAGCUGCAUAGCAAUUAUAAACCCAUUACUGAUCUGCCCAGCUCUUUGAUUAUAAUCAACUCUGGGAUCUCAGGUAAGCACAUCUAGCUAGCCCAACUCUUCUUUUUCCAAGGAGUACAACAACAUUUGAUUCAAGUUACAUACAUAUGUAGCAAGCUAGCAAAACAGGAUUAUGAAAUUAUUUGAGACACUGUUUAGGUGGAAAAAUUGCCUGUUGUUGUCCUGGUAGAGCUUCCUGUCUACUUCUCUUCUGGUAUAUUGUUAAUUGUACCCCUGAUUCCUGAUUUCUGAGUAUCUAUGAGUGCAGCUGAUGUUAUAUGUGUGUGUAAGAGUGUGUAUGUAUGCAUAGCACACAUUCACAUCUCUGAAAUACACACAUACCAGGAAAGAGGUGACCUAUUGUUCUAGGGUUUACAAGGCCCCCCAUCACGAUUACAUGUGAUUGAAAUUUUUAAAAAGUCAGAAAAUCAUGUUCUAAGUAUAUAGCUCACUAUUUGCCACCUGAUAUUCCAGUUUAUCUCUGGAACCAAAACAUAGGGUCCACAUUUCAAACUGAGAAAACCAAAACAUAGCCUGUGAGUUUACGGAGUUUUACCAUGGGGUACUUGGCCAGUAAAACCUUAAUCUUGAGCACAGAGUCUCUCCUCAAAGUGAUCAGGCCUCUUUAAAAGACACAAAAGGGAAAGGAAUUGAAGGCUACCUUCAGGGAAGAGCAUGAAGCUCUCUUUGCAGGGCACAGGACGAUGAGCACCCAGCUCUGGGCUGCACGGUACCGAUGCUCAAAGGGAGCCGCUCAGGAGCCCGGCAGGCACAACCAUCAGCAGCAGCCCCGUGUCCUGCUGGGGAGGCUGUGCUGCUGUCGAGGCACACACGGCUCCUGCGACACCUUGUCCUGGGCUGCACCGUGGGGAUGCACCACCCUUCUCAGAGCCAGCUCACACCCUGUGUGCAGUAUCUGUACGGCUUCCGAUGAAAGCUCAAGCUGUAAUUUUCUGACUAACGUUGGUGGAGCCCUGCUGCUUGCGCUGUCUGCCCAGGUGAUCUUCAGAUGCAAAUGAUUUGUUUCCAAGAAAUGCUUUAUUUUUGCACGUGAAGGAUGCUCACUAAAAAGUGUUUGUUUUCCACAACCUGUUUUAAAAAUCGUCAGGAGAAGUGCACCUAAAUCCGUUUGACGCCAGGUUAUUCGGUGGUGUGAAAAAUGUGAUAUUGCCAAAUUGUAACCUGGCAAUUUUUGAUAAAGACAAUUUUAAAAGGGCUUUAAUAUUUAUAGUUUAGACAUGACCAGUAUUUCCUGGUAUUUGUGAUGUGGUCUGCACCAAACAUGAUUUAUAAAAGUCAGAGGUCCCCUGGGGAAAGGAUUGUACUUUAAACUGUUGCUCUAAAUCUGAUUUAGUUACAUGUUGAAAGAUUAUUUUGUAUUCUCCUUUGAACUGACCAAAACUUUUUUUUUUUUUAAUUGCUUAGACUCUUAUUUUGCUGAAAAUAAAACAAGUAUCUUAUUUUACAAAGGGGCAUCAGUGUUGUGAACACAGAACUGAUGUUAAAGCUGCUUUUGUAUUCAGUGUGAGAUGGUGUUUACAGAUGAUUUUGACAACAGUGGAAAUAUAUUAAAUGGUGUCUGUGUAUCUGAAAUAUUUAAUUUUGUGUUAUGUUCAUAUGAAGAAAUAUUUAUACAUAUUUCACCAAAUGUUUUAUUUAAUGUUGAUAAAUAUUGCUCUUCAGUCUUCAGCUGUAGUGUCCUUUUAAAGUGAUUCAUAAAGGUCUGCUUGAGAAAUGAAUAGACUAUACCUAGUUUUAUUGUCAUUAAAAUACAUUCUCUUUUGUAUGAGUUGUUUGAAAUGUCUACCCCAAAGAAAUCUCAUAAAUUAUAUUCAAACUCUACUGCAAGUACAAUUUUAGUACAAAAAAAAUAAACACUUAAAGCUUCAUCUAUGUCACUAGUACAUUUUGAACUAAAGAUAGACAAUUGUUUUGCGAGUUUCCUAUCCUCAUACAAAGGCACCCAUGUUGCAAUGAAAAUUAAUUACCUUUAUUUAUAGAAAGAAGUAUAUAUUUGGAAUAUAUUCAUUACUCAAGUUGACCUAAAAAUGUUUUAACAUUUAAAUAUAUAUCAAUAUCUAUAUAUAUUGCCAUAUUAUUAUAUUCUGAUAUCUAGAGUAGUGCUGUGCCCCUAAUACACAAAAUGUGAGAGCAUGUAAGGAAGCCAGAGUUCAUCGGGGGAUUUGCGGUAUAUUAGUAUUGAUUUUAAAAUGGGAAACUAAUAUUUUUAUUGAAGUUAAGCUUCCUUGAAAGCGUCUGUCACCACUGUUUACAUAAUAGGAAGAGUUAAAUCCUUGGAUUGUUUUACCAGAGAAAUAAACAACCUGUCUUUUGAUGUGUGAACAGGCUUUAAAAUGUUAUUUACAGACAACAUAAAAUGUGUAUGUAUACCCAUAUUGUAGUAUACAUCAAUUUAGUUAUUAUUUAUUUAAUGGAAUAUGCACUAUUAGGAUUUGGCUGUGUUACAAGUACAGUGGGCAUCAAUUUAAUUUUGUAUUUUAUAUGUUUCUGUGUUUGCUUGAAAUCCAUGCACACACAAAGAUUUUAGCUGUAUGCACUAGUGGAUAUAUUAUUUAUGAACACAGGCGCACAUAAUAGGUUGCAGAAGAAGAACAAUGCAAGACCGAUGACACAGAAUUACUUUUAAGAAGUACAAAUGGUGUAAUAUUUCAUCUUUUUUGAGGAAAAUUAAGUCAGAAACACAGUGGAAAGCGUCAUUCUGAUGGCAGACAAACAGCUCAGUCCCAUUAACUCUCCUCCCAGCUCUGAAAGCUGGCUUUUCAGAGACCAGUCUCCGUUAAUUGCAAUAAUACAAGAUUAGACCCCAUAUGAAGAGGACCAAAAAGUCAGAAGCGACAGCCAGACAGGAGCCAUUGGGUAGUCUGGAGAAAGCUUUGUAGAAUAGACCCCAAUCACUGUCAGCCUCUGAACAGACAACAGAAUACUUUAUAUGUUUGGCUUUUUCAGUGUGAAAUUGUGAUAGAAGUUUGUUACUUCUAUACUGGUAUGCAGUGAGAGAUGUCUGAUCUGAAGAUCUGAGGGCAGGGACCAUGGUGCACGUAACACUUUUUCCUACUCCUGUGUAACAAAAGUAAACUGCAAAUCAGUCUGGCACUGUUCCAAAUCUAAAAAAAAUACAGGAAAGGCCUGAGUAGUUUCCAGGAUCUAAACUUGGGGAUCUGUGGAUCUGUGUAACCUAAACAGGUAAUGGCCUAAAGAGUCCUGGCAGUAGGAAUACCUACACAGAUACUCUGAGAGAGUUAAUGACCUUUCUCAAUUAUUUACAGCUUCAUUUUCUUACUUUCCUGUCUUGAUUAUUAUAUUUCUUUACUUAUUCUGCAAGAAUAUUCUAAAAAGUCUUGGUUCAUAAUCAACCUUAUAUAUCUAAAAAUAUAAGUAGAGAUCCCAAAGUACACUUGUUUUUCCUCUACAGAAUGCAAACAUCAAAACUUUUUUUUCUCUUAUCAGCAGCAUCAAUAAUUUAAAAAUAGUUAUCAUCAUGCUACCCUAUAUACAGUAGGGAUGGUCAAGCAGUGUCAUACUAUUUAUAAACUGCUUUUCACUCAUCCCUUACCCAUCUGACUAUGCAUUGCUAGUCACAUUUAUAUUCAAGAUUCUAAACCCUCAUUUUCUUCCAGAUGGCUCCUAGAUUCUUAUGUUAACAUAUGCUCUACAAACCUGCCUUGUUAUCAGGUGGUUUUUUGUUUGGUUUCUUUUUUUCCUUUCACAAUCUCCCUCUGCAAAGUUAUCUGAUCUUACAUUAUCAAAAGACACUUUACUAAUUUCAGGAGUUGUAUAGCAUUGAGAUCUGAUACUUUCUUUUCUAAAGAUAUAUAAAACAUAUCAAAAACAACUGGAGAAGGCUUUGCAUUUGCCAGGUCCUUAUUGGUAGGAAAACUCUGUGCUACAAAGUCUGUUUACCAAGCCUGACCAGGGAAUGACCAGUCCCUAGGGAUGUUCUCCCAAACCCCCACUAUCUUGAAUUUUGACACAGUCAUCAUGUGUUUUAAUGCAUUGGGAAAUGCAUUUUUAAAUGUAUUUUUUAAAAAAGUACAUACUCAUUGUGGCAGUUCUGAGUAUUCUUUGACCCACACAAAUCUACUGUCCCUAUUCACAAAUUGUUUCCACCCUCUGUGAUUUUCUAUUUUAUAUAUUCUUUUAUCUUCUAUGUAUUUGCCCAUUCAAAUACCACUGCACUGGCUUCUGGGAGCAGGUACCAGGGUUUCAUAUUUGUAGGUUGCUUUUGUUAGCCUGAAGGGUGUGCAGAGAUGUCUGGUGGAGCUGAGGUGUUCGUAAUGACGGCUGCCUUCUCUGACUCAUGCACUGCGCUCCCAUGAUACCCAAACACUUCUGUUUGGAAGCUUAGACAAAGCAUGCAUGACAUUCAGGUUUUCAUGGAAUUAAAAACUUCAUUUGAUUAGGAUGUUCUUUCUUGUAGCAGGCAUUGCUCAUUUAUAGCAUGUGAACAUUUCCACCUCUACAUUUUUGAGCUGCCAGAAAGAUAUUGGGCAAGAUGCUAAUUUGUAUUGUCUGAUACUUGGCCUUUUUUACUUCAGCUUUUAAAGUAAGGCAGAGAUAAAGCAGUUGUGCUAUUUGCUGAAAACUAGUUGAGUAUGAAUGGGAAUUCUACACUAUAUUCAUUUCAUUUCAUACACCAUGGCACUGCAACUGGCCGAGAUUGAGCAUCACAGUAUUUGAUGUCACUGACAGUUCUUCACAAUCUCAACUGGCAAACUCAUUACCUAUGCUGUGCUGGCAUUUGGGACUUUGACUGCUCUUCACCACUCACUCUGCACAUUCAAAAUACAGCAUAGAUUGUAUUUUUUUUUUUUUCUCAAAAAAUAUCAUUGUAGUUAUUUCCUACAUGUGCUUGAGGAUGCUUUGCUUAAUUUUAGAUAUCAAGAUGGCUCAAGAGACCCAAUCUCUGUCUGGGGUUGUUUAAUGGAAGGAGCACAGGUGACAUGGGAAAAUAUUAAGAUAAGUGCUACUUAUUUCAUGGCCUAUUCCAACAUCUGUUGUAUGGUGUGUAUAUUGUACACAUGCAUGUAUUCCAUGCACUUGUAUAUGUCAAAAAGAUAACUUAUAUGGGACUCUACUGUGCAUGGACAUACAGAGAGAUGUACCACAUCUAGAGCAAUGUUUACAGAUGUAUGUACAAACUAAGGCUGAAAUUGUCAGCAAUGGAAACAUUGCCUUUGAUGCCUCAUCAAAGUUGUAACUGGACAGUGAAACUGUGUAUGUUUCCUCUGCUUAUCUGCAGGAAAAGUUUCCAAAUCUUUCCUUUUUUACAACUGUGUUGUCCUUGUUUCUGGAUAUGGUUUUCAGUGUACUGAGCUGGAUUUUUAGACAUUACCCAAAAUUUAGAAAUGCAUUAACAUAUUUCACUUACUGAGCUAUUGCAUCAAGGCUGCACUAGGUUUAACUACAUUACAUUACCCAAACUCGUGCUGCUUUUUUUUCAAAUAAGAAAAAAAGGCCUCUUAGACUAGAUUCUAUCUAGGUUCAUGUAAAAGAAACUCCUUAGCUAAUGUGAAAAUCACUGCCAGUUUCUCAAAGUUGAAAGAGAAAUCCAAUCACUAUGAAAACAGUUUGAGGCAAAUGUCACAAACAUAUAAAGCCAAGUCACCUCUGCAAAUUCUCUGAGGUCAGAACAGCACUCCUUCCAUUAGAAAUGAGAGGAGAAAAAAUUACCAUCCUCCCUCAUUCCAUCCUAUUGCUCUGCCCUUUCUGUUGCAUGAUAUAAUGCUUUUCAUUUGCCAGGCCCAUGGGUGGAAUUUUGCAGGCUUUACAAACCUCAUUCACCUGGUAAGACUAGGAAAUACCCACUAUAUCUAGAUCACUCACCCCCUUCUGGGUUUUCAAACAAUAAAUCCUUGACUGUGUGAUGCUGGCUUAAGGGAAAUGAAAAUGGUGACAAAACCAUUCAGUCUAACGGUGGUGAGGAGAGGUAGCUUUUUCCAAGCUAGUGAAGCUAUAAAAUUUAUGUAACUUGGCAGAAAGUGUGGAAAAAACCCCAAGACAUUUAAAGGCUUGAUAGAUGUGCACAUCCCCCUUGCAUAAGGGUGAAUAAAAGCAUGAACACAGUGCCCAAAAAAGUUCAGUGUCUGAACGACUCUGUGAGCCAAAAGCUCGUGUCCCCACCAGCUACACUGUUGGCAGAGAACCCUGACACCCCACUCAGACCUCUGUGAAGAGAUCCUUGUUAGAGCACUCUAGGACUAAAUAAAAAGGCCUCAAUAUGUAAGCAGGGCUUGUUUUUCUGGGUGCAUAUGCAUUUUUCAGGAAUUUGAUGGGAGAUUCUUUCUCACUCCCAGAGCAAAGUUAUUUAGUGCACUUCCUGGAAUGAAAGUACUCUUGAAAUCAUCUGGUAAUCAUCACUCAACCAUGCCUAACAAUCAGAAAAGCACAGGGUAUUACUGUGCCAGGAGAACUUAAAUUUAUUUUUCAAUUCAUUCAUACAGGCAUAGUUAAUUUACUGAAAGUACUCAAAAGAUCUGAAAAAUUUCACACUAUCAUGGAAAUAAAGUCUCUGGACAAGAAUCUGAUUCCUUAUGUAGUUUCAAAACAUCCAGUCUUCUUGAGUCUGUUUUUCUUCUGUAUUGAAAUCUUUGGGUAACAAAGCAACUGUAGUCAUUCCUGAAAUACUGCCUACUCUAGAGAUGCCAAAGGGAUGAGGAAAUGGCCAAAUGGCCUUCCUUAAUUUGUGCUUAAUGUGUCCACAUUAAGAAUUAUUAUUGAUGUUGCAGCACAGACUAAUUAACACCAUGGGGCAAAAGAAAUAAGCCAAUUUACUUUGAACCUUGCACAGUGCUGCACUCUGCUUUUGCACAUUACAAGAUACAGGCCUGUGCUGUAUUUCCUGAUGCUCAGUGCUUUUUUCCACUUAUUACUUUUAUCGUUCACACAGAUCACUCCCCUCCUAUUGAACACACCUAUCACAUAUAUUUAUUAAUACACCUGUUGAAUACCCUCUGCCAUCAAUAUAGGAAUAUGUCAUUUCUUUGCAUCUGCAAAGCUAUGUGAAAUCAGAUAUAGCUGGAGUUAAGCAGAUUUUAUCCUCCAUUGGCAUGAAUUUUUGAUUCAGAAAUACAUUCCAUUUUCUUGCCUCAUAUUGCCAUUAAUGACAUUUAUUUUUUAAGUGAUAUUAGGACCAAAACUUUCCACUUUUCAGCCUGUAGAAGUACAUCUGAGUAAAUGUUUCGUUCCUUUAUUCAAAAUGAGGGUGAUUUCUUGGCCAUAGGGUAAUCUGAACAAGAUCCUCUGUGUAAAGGAUAGAACAGCAUUUAUCUCCUGCUCUGCCCCUGCACUUCACUGGAUAUGAUGGAAGGUCCUUUCAGGUCCUUUCACUUGUUUUCAAAACAGCACAGCUACAUUACAUAGUUGCAUAUUUCUCCUGCUGUGAGACAGGAAGGAUCAGCAUGAAAAAUGCAAGAAACCUAAACUAAUGUGCACAGGUGCACUUUGGAUUUGUUUUAUUUUGGUUUUCUGUCUCUGCAAUGCAUAUUGACUGACACAGAAUGCAUCAGUAGAGGUGAAAUAUAGACUAAGGAUGGACAGCUGCUCCCAAAAGCAAGCUGCAUAGGGAUGGAUCAUUGAAGUUUGUGUAUUAAGUGCACUGAGUACUAAGAGCUCUUACCUAAAGUUGUAAAAAGCCUGAAUUACAAUUCAUUGCUUUCCAAAAGAAGUAAGAAAAUGAUAAAUAUAAUGCAAAGUUUUGUAGUUGUAAGCUGUGCAUGUUAGAAGAUGUCAGCGAAGGAGAUGUCUUUUUUUUUAAUAUGAAUUAUCCCUGGGUUUCCAGAUGUGUCCCAUCACCCAGCUGCCUCUUAACCCUAUUCCUCCUGCCUCAAAGCUGACCAGCAGUCAUGGGACUUCUGCCUCACAGGAAGCUGGAACUGAGCUCCUGCCCCUGCCACCCCACAGCAGGAAGGGUGUGGGCCACACCAGUCAAGUUGUUACAAGAAAGAGCCAUAAGCUUCCUGCUUCCCUCUGGAGAUAGCGGGUAUUUUUGUGAUAGAAAUAGAGAUAACAUUGCAGGAAUCUGAUGAACAUAUUUUAUGUGUUUCCUGAUAUGUUCCUAUUACUUGAAAGCUUUCUGUUCUACUGGUUAUGGAGCAAAACAAGUCCCAGAGACAUCUGAAAACAUACUUUUAAGGCUUGAAAAUUUAAAAUAAAUUGGGUUUUGCCUGUUGCUUUCUGAUUUUGAAAUAUAUGGAGAAAUUACAUGCAGUAAUUAAGCAUCUCAGAAAUAGGUUUCAUGAAAAGGAAUUUGGAAUUAUAAAACUGGUUUUCUUCAGUAAAACCAAUGGAGCUGAAUGUACUGUAAACUCAUAAAAUAACAAAAAAAACAGAAAGGAGCCCCACAACUUCUGCUGUGUAAAAAGACAGUGCUUGAUCAUUCAGUCAAAAUCUGGUGUCUAUUGAUCUAGUCAUAGCUACCCAUUCAGGUACUAGACAGAAUGUUAAUAUUUUUUUAAAUUAUUGGACAAGUUGAUCUUUUUUUGCUAACACCUGCCUUACUGUGCAGCAAUUUUUCUGCUGAGUAAUUAAAUUCUAUGUCUUGGUAAGCUCCCAGAAAGAAUAAUUGGCCCUAGCUCAUAUUGAUAGCAGUUUGCAAAACACUAGCACAGUAAUUGGAAGAGUAGAGGCAGGUAAUGAUGAAGAGCAAUCGUUUUCUUUGGCUUCAGUGUUUUAGAGGAACAUUCCCUUUUGCACCUAAUAAAAUGAGAGUAAGAGAAGAUGCAGUGCCACCAUUGCAGUCCUGAGGGCAGAAGGUGGAUGGCUGUGUGUUGGUAGAAAAGUCAAUACAUUGGUCCAGGUCGAGUGUCCCACGAGAGCUCACAAUUCUCUUUCACCGCAUGGGUAUCGGCCCAAAAUGUGCUGUCAAAACUUGGCUCCCACUGAACUAUCACGGUGGAACAUUGUGCUCUUAAGAGAUUUUCUCCUGCCAAGAUGCUUACUCUUUUCUUUUCUUUUUUUUUUUUUUUUUUUUUUUUCCUUUUAACUCUCUACAGAAAACUAAUCAGGUGGCACCUUCCCGUGUGGAAAUUUCCUUGCAAAUACAUUACCGUAAUCUACAAAUCAUUUUUACCCUGUAUGCCCCUGAUAACAAUUGCAUUAAUAUAAGCAGAUAAACUCAUUUAUUUAGUUGCUGCUCAUAGAGUGGCUUGCUAGUUAAGAUAAAAAGCAAAUUAUGGGAUAUAAAAGACAUAUCUGAUUGUGCAGUAAUACACUGUGUGCCAAGCAGUUGGUGAGGUAAGGUUUACAUAACUGCUAGAUGUUGCUUGAACUUUUGAGAUAUAUUUCCACGGGGUUUUUUUCUCUUGGGAGCCAAAACAGGGGCAGAACACAGAACAAGCAAUUAAGAGAAAUGUAAUUGUUUUGUUUGAAGUAAUAUGAGAUUGGAAGUUGCAAGAGGGGUAAACAAUCUAGAAAGUGUUCUGCAAUCUUCAUCAUGUAGAUGCUUUCCUUUGGGGAAACUGUCCUUCCAUUCAGUCUGGGAGGACUCCCCUUAGGUGAGAAUUUGUAGAAGGAAAUUUCAGCUCCAGUCAUAUGCUAUAGUAUUCUUUGACUCUAUUAAUUCACUUAAUGACCCAGUGUGUUGCUCAGUGAAAUUGCUCUGUGCUCUCUUAGCGAUGGUGAAAAACAGCCUUUUCUGGGGGCUGAUCCAAGCCCAGCUCCAGCUGAUGGAAAGGCUCCCUCUGUGCUUCUGAAAUGAACAUUUUUUUCCCCAGAAAAGCAGGAGGCAGCCAGGCUCCUGCACCGUAAUGUGGGGCUGGAUUGUGCAGCCUCUCAUCAGCAUUACAGACCUCCAAUUGUGUGCCCCCCACCUUGCACUCCCUGGGCAUGAGCCCGCAAAGAAAUUCUCUUGGAAAACAUAGAGCAAACAGAGCAAGCCACCCCCAGCCAUUUUCACACCUCUAUAUAUAUAUGUGUGUGUACAUAUAUAUACGUAUAUCUCCUUCCAGUUCCCUUCCUCCUUCCUGCUACCCAAUGACAGCAUAUUCACACAAGAAAAACAGUGGCUUCUAAAAUAAUUUCCAUCUGAAUUGUAGACUGCAGUGAUCUUUAUUACCAAUAACAUUAGAGAAAAAUGGAAAUGAGGAAUUGCACAGCUCUGCCCUGUUUAUGACUCCUUUUCUUCCUUUCUCAUUCAAAUGAUGUACAUAGAACAUUUAUUUGUUUAGAGGAAAGAUUGUGGAUUACUGGUGCAGCAUUCUGAUGGAUAUUUUAACAUACUCAGAGAAGAGAAAAUUUAAUCUCACAAAUAGGCAUCUUGGAUUUCUUUUUUAUUUCUUACCAAAUCAAUCACAGGCAGUUUAAGACCCACCUCUCCACAAGUGUAUUCCUGUAUUUUUGACAAUUGAGCAAUUUUCUUACAUGUGCCAGUGUGCUAAAAUUUCUUUCUUUAUCUGUUUUCUCACUAAUGGUUUCUGAAUUAACAAGCCUUUGCCUUUUUGCUGGUGCACAGAGUCUGUUUGCACCAGCCUUAGUUUAAGUAAUCAGGAGUGAUCCAGCCACAGUACAAAUUUCCUCCACCUUACCUAAAAUUACAGCUUGAAUUAGACCCUUGGUGUUCUCAAUUAUCACAUACUCAACAGCCAAGGAGUUUUGGGCAAUGCUUUUAAUCUUCGUAAUAUUUAAUAAAGUAAUCCUGUGCAUAUAAUUGAGGUGUUAAAAAUGCCAAUCCAUAAUCCAUCCCAUUGCUUCAAAGCACCAUAUCAAAUAUGUUUUCCUAUUAGUUGUGGAAGUAAAUGUCAGGACUAGCAAUGUAGUCUAUAAUGACAUCUAAAACAAAACAGAUAGUCUUCAAAUACUUCAUUAAAUAAUUUAACCUUAUUGAUCCUGGCUAAACAGACUUAGUUUAGCUCAAUUCUGCUGUUAAGCUCUCUUCAAAAUUCUCAUUAGCAUCCAUGGAAAUUCUAGAAAGAGCAGAUAAAUCAGUCUCUCAUUAUAGGACCGAUAAAUAACACUUUGGGUUUAUAUUUCUAGCUAAUAAAUGUAAUCAAAUUAUUUAAAAUGUAAACACUCAAAGCCUGUUCUGUGCCCUCAGGGAACCCCUUUAUCCCACUGCAGCAAAGCUGCAUAUAGCAGGAUAUAUUCCACUAAUACAGUCAAAAAUAUAUGGGUGUAUACAAAUAAACAGCUUAAAAAAAUCAUACUGUAAAUGAUGUGAUUGAGUGAAACUGUAUGUAUAUUUUUAAGUCUUCAGAAUAGUUGAAGUUUUAACUUAUUUCAAAUUUUUAAGUUGAAAUCUAUUCAUAUUUGGGAAUUUUGUACAACCUUGUAAAGUUAAAUACUAUGUCACUGUAAUUUAUUUUUGUUGUCAUAUACUGACACAUGCUCAUUUAUAUAUGAAGUGUACUGUUUAUCAAUUGCUUCUAAGGCAGCAAUAAAAACAUGAAAGUUGUUCUCA